GCGGGGUCUUAUCUUAUCGUCCCACCUGCUUCCAUCCAUCUGUUCUCCGUUCGAUGACAACAAACCGUGCCAGCGUGCACACAACCAGUGUUUCUCAGAACUGAAAGGCCUACUAUCAGUCAUCUCAAGGCACAUCGAAGGUUUACUGUUUGUGCUGUUUCCUCUCAUAACUCGGCUAUCCUCAGAACGACGCCGAUCGUGGGAUUCCCCUCGUCUCUUCUUGUGUUGCCAGCUCUCCCACCCGCCCGUCCUCUCCAGUUGACUUCAACACCACGGAAGUUGACUAUUUUUUUUACCACACGGAAUUUCUGCUCUAUACAUGCACCCCGCCUUAAAUCCGGGCCGGUAGAGAUAGCAAACAUGUUCUCGCAGAAGAAACCUUACUCGGCCGUCACGGUGACGAUUGAGAGACUGACAAGUGAGGCGGUGCCAAUAGACGAUCUUAGUGGCAUUCCGGACCUUGUUGAAGUCGUCAACUUGCAGGACACAGGGCCCAGCGAGGCUUCCCGUGCGAUCAGGAAGAAGCUCAAGUAUGGAAACCUGCACCGCCAGCUUCGUGCCUUGACCAUUCUCGACGGCCUGAUCCAGAAUGCUGGGCCGCGCUUUCAGAGAUCCUUUGCAGAUGAGGCGCUACUUGAGCGCCUCCGUUUCUGUGGCACCGCGGGCCUGUCAGAUCCCGAGGUCAAGAAGAAAUGCACAGAACUCUUUGCCAGCUGGGCUGCCGAGUACAAAAACACGCCUGGCAUGGAGCAAGUUGCCAGGCUAUACAAGGAACUGCCCCGGCGUAAACGGGUCGUGACUCAAGAGCAGUCCAAAGUUAUCAAGGAGACGGAGAAUCCGUUUGGUGAAGACGAGGAAGACGAUGACGACAGGCCCAGUUCGGCAGGUCCGUCCAAGGGUCAUUCGAGAACAUCGUCCCAAUCGAACCCGCUGGCAAAGCAAACGUACACCGGCUAUGACACGAAGAAGAAGAAAGAUAAAAAGACCAAGAAGUCCAAGCCAUUCAAUCUGUUGGCCGAGCAGGACAAGAUGAAGACUUGCAUUGCCGACGCCAACAUUGCUGCUACCAACCUGAUGAAUGUGCUGCAGACUAUUAACCGGGAGAAGGAGAGGAUUUCUGAGAAUCAAAUCGCGGUGCUCCGGUUCGAGGCGUGCAAGGACCUCCGGAGGAAAAUCUUACGCUACAUUCAUAACGUCGAGUCGGAACAGUGGCUGGGCAGCCUGCUCAAUGCCAAUGACGCUCUGGUCACGGCGCUCAUGACAUUUGAGCAGCUGGACCGCUCCAUCGACGCGGACAGCGACUCGGACGACGAGCUGGCAGCGCAGGCGCACCUUUAUCGGAUGGCGACAGAGAAGGCCAAAGGCAAAGAACCAAGCUCACCCACCAGCCCCCCAACCCAGGCCCUGGCCGGCAUGCACCUCGGCUCCCCAUCCUCCCCAGCGCGCCCACCACCUCCUCCCCGACCGUCAGCAGCCACCAAGCCGUCAAUGCUCCCUCCACGCCCGCAAGCAGCCCCGGAUUCCGAUGUGGACGCUGACACGGAAGACGACGAGGACGACGACGAGGACAAUCCAUUUGCCGACCGCAACGCCGUGUCGAAGGGCGAGUAGGACCAGUCGCCGCGAGACACGGCCCCGGAUAGUAGUGUCACGGGUGGAGAAAGCAAGGUAAGGACCGGGAAGGAGGCGCAUGACCGACUCGGAGCUGGUGACCGCGGUGUGUGGUCGAUGG